CAAGGAAGCGAUGCACUGCAACUUCAACACACCAUAACUGACGGGGUUACAGCUGUUAAGAUUUAUAUAGUGCCGUUUUAAAAAGGGGACAUUGGGUCUACUUUGACCGAGGGAAAAGUUGAAUAUACAUUUUUAACCUCGUUCAAGAUGAGCUACUCGGUGUUUUCGUACGAGAAUUUGGUCCAUGCUGUAUCAGGAGCAGUGGGAAGUGUGACUGCCAUGUCAGUUUUCUUCCCUCUUGAUACUGCCAGACUGAGGCUGCAAGUGGAUGACAACAGGAAGGCCAAAUCAACGCCAGCCAUUCUGGCAGAUAUUAUCAGAGAGGAAGGACUACUGGCUCUGUACAGAGGCUGGUUCCCGGUGAUCUGCAGCCUGUGCUGCUCCAACUUUGUCUAUUUCUACUGCUUCCACAGCCUGAAGGCCAGCUGGCUGAAGGGAAGGCCGUCGGCACCAAGCAAUGACCUAAUGAUAGGCAUCGCUGCAGGUGUUGUAAACGUACUGGUCACGACUCCUCUGUGGGUUGUCAACACCAGACUGAAGCUUCAGGGAUCAAAGUUUCGCAACGCAGACAUACGGCCCACCAACUACUCUGGCAUUCUGGAUGCGUUUGCACAGAUCAUCCGAGAUGAGGGAGGGGGAGCGCUGUGGAACGGGACCUUCCCCUCGCUGCUGCUGGUGAUGAACCCCGCCAUCCAGUUCAUGAUCUACGAGGGUCUGAAGAGGCAGCUGAGGAGAGGGGUUCCCAGGGAGCUGUCAUCUGUUGAGGUCUUCCUCAUCGGAGCUGUUGCUAAAGCAGCUGCCACCAUUGUGACCUACCCACUGCAGACCAUACAGUCCAUUCUCAGGUUUGGUCAGUUCAACGAGUCAACAGGCGAGUCAAAACUACUGUCAAGUAUACGGACUAUCAAGUGUCUGUUGAUCAACAGAGUGAGGAAGUUUGGCAUGCUGGGUCUGUUUAAAGGCCUGGAGGCCAAGCUGCUGCAGACGGUGCUGACGGCUGCCCUCAUGUUCCUUCUCUAUGAGAAGAUCGCCAGCGCCACCUUCAAAAUGAUGGGACUGAGCAGAAACCACUACAAGAAACACUAGAUAACUAUAUGGACUUUAACUUUAUGAAAGCACCGACAGUCUGUCACUGCUCCCAGACUCUGUGGGGGGGAGUUCCUCUCUGAUCUGACAUUUUUGAAUGACAUGAAGAAGUUAAGAGAUUAAAAAUAACUUGAGAUUUUAAAGAUGCACCA